AUGGAGCAUGUGGGGGAGAAAAGGAAGAACCCAGACUCUUUUCAUGGGGGUAAAAAGAGGCACAAGCCCAAUGGGAAUUACCAAGGGAAUUCUGGAGACAGGAGGGACAACAAGGAAACAUUGGGAAGGGGAAUGGAGGCCAGUCGUCCAACCAUAAGGAAGUUGGGACGCCGUGAGUACGAUUGUUUCAAGAAGGAAGCUAAUGUUAAGUCUGGAAAGGUGAAAGAGUCUAGUGCACCUAGUAAACCACCUCAGCCUAGUGGACCCACAAUCAAGGCUGGAACCAGUAGCGGUGCGAGAAGUACCGUAAAGGGUCGUGUGUUCGUGAUGAAUAGCCGUCAGGCUGAGUCUUCUAAUGAUGUGGUAAUUGGUGUUUUAUUUAUAAGUUCUUUUCCUGUGAAAGUCUUGUUUGAUUCAGGGGCGUCACAUUCUUUUAUUUCUAAGAAAGUAGUUGGGAGUCUCAGGUCAGAGAGUCUUGAGUCAGUUUCUCUAGAUGUGUCUAUUCCGUCCAGGGAAGUGAGGAGUUGUUCGAGAUUGUUUUUGAGUGUGACUAUUUCCAUUUCUGGGGUAGAGUUUUUGGCCGAUUUGAUCGAGUUUCACUUGAAUGACUUUGAUGUGAUUCUAGAUGAGAUUCCUGGUAUGCCACCAGUUAGGGAUGUGGAGUUCAUUAUCGACCUAGUGCCUGGAACUGUACCUAUUUCUAAGGCUCCACAUAGGAUGGCUCCAGCUGAGUUGAGGGAGUUAAAGAUCCAGUUAGAUGAUUUGUUGGAGAAAGGCUAUAUUAGGCCUAGUUCAUCACCCUAG